UGAAAUGUUUUCGUGUCACUUCUUACAGGUCAUGGGACUUGCGAUCUAACAUCAUUCGAGAAUACAAAUAGGCUGGAAAACUCGAAUGUUACAGGAUUGAGCUGGAUGAUUCACGUGUAAAGUGGGUCAAAGAGACGGAAGAAGUUGCUUUACACAAUUUUGCUGUUAUAAAGGGAUAUCUCUAAUUAUUUGACCUUUAUUAUUGACCAUGAGCGGUGAGUUUUGGUUGAUCUCGGCGCCGGGUGAGAAGACGUGUCAGCAGACAUGGGAGAGACUGAAUGGCGCUACCGUGAGGUUCGAUCUGUCGCUGAACUUCAAGUUCCCGAUCCCUGACCUGAAAGUCGGAACGUUAGACACGUUGGUCGGACUCUCGGAUGAAUUGGGGAAACUGGAUUCCUAUGUAGACAAUAUCACUCACAAGCUUGCUCACUAUCUUGGAGAAGUUCUAGAAGAUCAGAAGGACAGACUGGCAGAGAAUCUCAUGGCUAACAGAAUGGACUUGAGCACAUAUGUUACCAGAUUCCAGUGGGAUGUGGCUAAAUAUCCUAUUAAACUUCCUCUAAAGAGCAUUGCUGAGAUCAUUAGCAAGCAAGUAUCACAGAUGGAUGGAGAUCUCAAGACCAAAUCUCACUCGUACAACAGUAUCAAGGGAAACCUGCAAACACUGGAAAGGAAAGCCACAGGGAGCUUGUUAUCACGCAAUCUUGGAGACAUCGUCAAGAAGGAGGACUUUAUCAACGAGUCAGAGUAUCUCACCACGCUGCUUGUCGUCGUCCAAAAGAAUCUGUACUCUGAUUGGGGUUUCAAAUAUGAGAAGCUCUCUGACAUGGUUGUGCCCAGGUCUACAAGGAUGAUCUAUGAAGACAAUGAUCACGGCUUAUACAGCGUCACGUUAUUCAAGAAGGUCGUGGAUGAGUACAAGCUACACGCCAGGGAAAACAAGUUCAUGGUGAGAGAGUUCACAUACAAUGAGGAGGAGUUGAACGCCGGGAAGAGCGAGCUGAACAAGCUUGCAGCUGACAAGAAAAGGCAAUAUGGCCCACUCGUGCGAUGGCUAAAGAUCAAUUUCAGUGAAGCAUUCCAGGCGUGGGUACAUGUCAAGGCCCUGAGGGUGUUUGUAGAAUCAGUCUUAAGGUAUGGUCUGCCAGUUAACUUUCAACCCAUGAUACUCCAACCAUACAAGAAAACACAGAAGAAACUCAAAGAAGUUCUAAACACCCUCUACGGCCAUCUAGAUGGGAGCAAUAUAAAUACUAAGGAUGCUAAAGGUGUACCGGCUUUUGACAUGCCAGGUCUAAUGUCAAACACAGAGUACUUCCCCUAUGUCUUCUAUCCUAUCCAAAUCAACUUCUGCGACUGAGCAAGACCUCCUUGCCGUCAUCAUCGUGGACAUUUUAACUUCAGCUAAAUAAAAACACAGUACAUCUCAUUAAUCAAGUCUGUAAAUCUACAUCAUUGCAUAAAGAACCAAAAAGGAAUUGAAAGGUUUAUAAUAGCAUUGCUUGUUAUGUCAAAUUCUGUUUCAUUGCCUAGCAAAUUUGAAUACACCCUAUUUACGUUGCUGAUGUCACAGAGACACAGACCAAUGAACAAGCAUGGACUUAAGAAAAGAAGAUAUUUCGUUGCGACACCUGGAACUAUUUGCUUGUUUUUUUUUUAUAGUAUUGACUCGUUAAUCAGUGAAUAUACUGAAACCAGCUUUGUGACCAUCUGUAUAGAAAGACCACUUUUUUGUCUUCUUGAUGAAGGCUUCUCAUUGAGAAUUAAAGUCGGAAAACUCCAUGAAAAGUUCAGUCCUGUAAUAUAUGUGGUGGUCUAAUUUUUGAUGUUGGCAGUUCUGCCAAUAACAGAUUCACUUGUACAAAAUAACCAAUAUAUUAAUUAUAAUGAGACAAUGCUGUUUGUUUAAACUGUGAAAAAUAUGUAUUGUACAAAUUGGGGCAAUAAUAGUACAUGUUCUUUAUAUUUCCAUAUAUAGUUGAACAUCUGUCAGUUUCGUGUAUAGAUAGAUAUUAGAUAUCCGUAUUAUAAAAAUAAAAUAUCAUUUUGUUGAAUUCUAAAAGGACAUUGAAGUCUGUAAGAUAGGAUCAGUACUUGAAGAAUAUGAUAAUCAGAUUUUGAGAGGAUUAGUUUAAAUCUCAAAAGGCUUUUUUUUCUUUCCUGUUUAUGUCGUUCAUGUGUGUCUUGCAAAUCCUUUGUCAGUAGGGGUAUAAGCUAGAUUAUUUAAAUGAUCACUUUUCUUAACAUUGAUGAGAAUUUAUUUAAAUAUCAGUGAUGAAUACAGUGAGAGAAUAAGUAGGACCCCACCCCCCAAAAAAAAAA